UGGGUAGCUCAAGUUGUUUUAGGUGUUUAGUAAACAUUUAAAAAACUGAUUGUUAGAGAAUUCAAAAGCUACUUUGGGCUGAAAUCAGAACCAGCUCAAUUGCUGUUUCUGAUUUCAGAUUGUGCGGGAAUCCACUCUGAGGCAUUAAUGAAAUUUUCAUUAUCCCGAAAAUAGCCCUGCUUAAUCAAAAAAAUUCUCAGCCCCAUCCUUCGCCAUCUCUGAAACCGAACUCUCUCUCUUAGCCUUAGCCUCUCAACCUCAGCCCUCUCUCAGCCGCAGCCUUGCUCUCUCAGCUCCCUCCGUUUAUCUUUAUUCUCUCUCUCGGACCCCCUCUCUCCGUUUCCGGCUAGGAUCUCCUGCGAUUGUCGACGGCGGCGGAGUCUCUCCGUUUCCCUCUUCUUCUUUUUUUCUUUCUCUGUUUCUGAUCCAACAAAAAUGGCUCCAGUCUCGGCCCUCGCAAAGUACAAGCUCGUCUUCUUGGGUGACCAGUCCGUCGGCAAAACCAGCAUCAUCACCCGCUUUAUGUACGACAAAUUCGACAACACUUAUAAGGCUACAAUUGGUAUCAAUUUCCUGUCAAAAACCAUGUAUCUUGAAGAUCGAACUGUUCGACUGCAACUAUGGACAAUGAGAAUUUUGUGGGACAAACGAGUAAGCCCGAAUGUCAUAUAUUCCUUGCAACAUCUCCGAAAUGACAGGUCGACUUUAGUUGUUGGAGGAAUAGAUGGUGUGGUACGUCUUAUAAACCAGAACGCAGGUGAAAUUCUUUCCAGCAUAGUUUUUGAAGGUAAAAUGUUCUCUGGCUCUCAGGGCAAUUAUGGAGUCGUUGAGAGAGCCAAAGGGAGAAGGCUUGUGGAAGAUGCCCACAUCGACAGUAUUCCUAGAAGCGAUCGACCUCCCAUUACUUGCUUGGCUGUUGGGAUGAAGAAGAUAGUCACCACACACAACAACAAGUACAUUAGAAUGUGGAAAUUCAGAAACUGAGAUACAAUUCUUCAUGUAUGCUUAAUAUGGCGUUUACUUUUUUUUCCCUGUUUGUUUUGAACUUUAGAUUUAGUUGAUUUUACUAUGUUGAUGAAUGAUUUGCAGAAGUUCAAGAGCGUAGAUUUGAUAAGGACAUUGAUUCUAUGUUGUCUCCUUGAAAUUGUUAAUCGUUUUGUAGUUCCUACUUAAUUGGAUGGACCAAAUUUUAGAAUGAGGAAAAGUUAAGAAAAUCAAGAGGU